AUGGCCGACGAACAACCCCGUGGCAUCGACCACACUGAUUCCAUCGACUCAAAUGAUGGCCCGAAGCAGCCGGACAAGAAGAAGAGUCGCCGCCCUGCGAAUACUGCCUUUCGACAGCAACGUCUAAAGGCCUGGCAGCCUAUCCUCACACCAAAGACUGUCCUGCCUCUCUUCUUCGCCAUUGGAAUUAUAUUCGCUCCCAUCGGAGGUCUGCUGUUGUACGCGAGCUCUCAGGUCCAAGAGAUUCGACUCGACUAUACCAACUGCAUUGUCGAUGCUCCCAUUCGUAGUAGAGGUGGAAGCAACUUUACAGCAAUACCUGGCAGCGCCGUCAGCACUGCAUUCAAGAGUUCUAACAGUUCUGUGAAUGCUCAAUGGGCGCGCGAGGUCAACGUCAGCACCACGCUUGACAACGGUGUUAAAACUUUCAACCCUCGAUGCCAUCUCAAGUUUACCAUCCCAGAAGAGAUGGGUCCUCCGGUUCUUUUCUACUACCACCUUACCAAUUUCUACCAGAAUCAUCGUCGAUACGUUCUCUCCUUCGACACGGACCAGCUCAAGGGUUCAAAGCGAUCCAUCAGCGAUAUUCGUAACUCCGAUUGCACUCCCCUAUAUGGAGAGGGAGACAAGCCUUACUACCCUUGUGGUCUCAUCGCCAACUCCAUGUUCAACGACACCUUCACUAGCCCCAAGCUUACAAACCCCCCAGGGGUCAGUGGCAACGAGACAUGGAUCUACCAGAUGAGCAACAACUCGGGUAUCUCAUGGGACAGUGACAAAGAUCUUUACAAAGAGACCGAGUAUAGCUACGAUGAAAUUGUGCCGCCUCCCAACUGGCAAAAGCGCUACCCCGAUGGAUACACCAAAGAUACUCCUCCUCCUAACCUCAAAGAAUGGGAAGCUUUCCAGGUCUGGAUGCGUACAGCGGGUCUUCCCACCUUUAGCAAGCUUUACCAGCGUAACAACACCCAGGCUAUGUGGCCAGGAACCUAUGAUCUUAUCAUCGAUGACCAUUUCCCGACUCGAGAGUACAAGGGUUCCAAGUCCAUCAUUAUCUCUACCCGAACCGUUAUUGGAGGACGCAACCCCUUCCUCGGCAUCGCUUAUGUUGUCGUCGGUGGUGUUUGCAUCCUUCUCGGUACUGUCUUCACAGUCACUCAUCUUAUCCGACCCAGAAAAUUGGGUGAUCACACUUAUCUCUCGUGGAACAACGCCCCUGGCGCCAAGUCUGGUCCCAGUACGGCUGUCGCUUCCGGUCGCGAUCUCCGUCCUGGCGAGGCCUAG